AUGACAAGACUAUUCGUCAUCGGACUGGUUGCCGUUGCCUUCGCUUUCUCAACAGUGCAAGUCUCUUCCUUUUCUUCAGGAAAACAUACUUAUUCUCUUCAUGCACAACAAAGACAAAAACAGCAGCACAAGUCUCCUGCUUCGUUUGGACUUCCCAAGGCUAGAUUCGGUAGCGUUGUUGACUUCAGAGUGCAAUCGCGAUUGAAAGUCCCAGCGUCCGCAACCUCAACAAGUCUGUAUUCUGCUGCUGCCGAUCAUUUUCGACAAUCGGGCGCAGUCAAUGGAGCAGCAGCAGCCGCCAAUUUCAAAACCAUUCCGCUUUCGACCAAUCAAGGUAUUUUCUUUGGAUGUCUUUUGGCCAUCACUUCCGGGAUUAUCAAUGGGGCUACCCUCAUGGGACUUUGGUCCAAUAGUCAAGGAACCGCGGCCCUCACUGGUACUUUCACCAAAUCUGCCAUGUACAUGGCCAAGGGCGAAUGGCAAACUUGUCUUUGGUACACCAAGUGCCUAAUUUCUUGGAUGGCUGGGUCCACCAUUGUCGGAUUGUUGAUUCCUGAACCGUCUGCCUUUGAGGUCAAAUAUCCCAAAGGACUGGCCGCGAGUUUGGCGAUCGGAGCUACCUGUUUGUCUUUUGCUGGUCUCAGCAUCGGCGGCCCAUCCUUUGUACUACUAUGUUUAAUGGCACAGGGUAUCCAAGAUUCCGUCUCUUCCAUCAUGACGGCCAAUCUUUGCCGUACGACUCACAUGACAGGAAUCGCUUGCGAUUUGGGAACCUUUUUCGGCCAACGGUUGCGUGGCAACAAGGAUAUCAACCCAACCAAGGUUCGAGCCUUUUCCCUAUUGACUUUGAGCUUUUGCUUGGGAGCAUUUGCAUCGUUUCCAUUGUCUACCAUCUUUGGACCUCGAAUGUUAUUGGGAGUGGCCGGUGCUUAUCUAAGCAUCGCUGCCUCCAUUGGAGUGUACUAUAUGCGUCAGAAGCUUCUUGUCACCUCUGCUUAG